CACAUUUCAUUUCAUUUAAAGAGCUUCAUCAAUUUGGCGUUAUAUUUUUUUUUAUUCUCUUCCUUCGAAUGGCGGCAAAAUCUCCGCUAAAUCUCUCCGCUUCAAGUUACACUCAUUUCACGAAGAGCUCCAAACCAAAUUUGUUUGGUUUGAAGAGAAACCAGUUAGGGUUUGAGCAGAAGACAAUCUUCAAGAAUCAUUACUCGAUCGAAACGACAAGAAAACGAGAGCUUUUGAAGGGGAGCAGAAGCGGAGGAGGAGGAGGAUGCACGGUGAGGUGCACGGCGGAGGGGGUGGAGAGAAGAAUGUUGAUGGGAGGUGGAAGAGGAGGAGGAGAGGCUACGACGACGAAGACGACGGGUGUUAGUAUACCGGAAAGGUAUAAAGUGGUGGCGUUAACGGCGUUUGUUAUGUGUCUUUGUAAUGCUGAUCGGAUUGUUAUGUCAGUUGCUGUUGUUCCUCUGGCUGCUAAAUACGGCUGGUCCAGUUCGUUCCUCGGCAUUGUCCAGUCGUCAUUUCUAUGGGGGUACAUAUUGUCAUCAGUAAUAGGAGGAGCCUUAGUUGACAAAUAUGGAGGAAAAAGAGUGCUGGCCUGGGGCGUAGGCCUCUGGUCUUUGGCGACAAUUCUCACUCCGUUCGCUGCUAAUCAUUCCACCGCCGCCCUUUUAGCCGCUCGCGCCUUCUUUGGACUUGCUGAGGGUGUAGCUUUUCCUGCCAUGAACACCUUCUUAUCAAGGUGGUUUCCAACUGAAGAACGAGCAAGUGCAGUAGGAUUAUCAAUGGCAGGGUUUCAUCUUGGCAAUGUAGUAGGCCUUCUUUUAACUCCAAUUAUGCUAUCAACCAUCGGAAUUUCCGGUCCUUUUAUUCUGUUUGCAUCUCUUGGAAUACUAUGGGUCUCCACAUGGACUAACGGAGUCACAGACGAUCCUCGAGACAGUCCUUUCGUCACCGUGUCAGAAUUGAGGUUAAUCCAAGCCGGUAAAAUAGAUUCUCCGGCGCCGAACAAAGGCCAACUUCCACCGCUACGCCUCCUGUUUUCGAAACUGCCGACAUGGGCUAUUAUUUUUGCUAAUAUAACUAACAAUUGGGGUUACUUUGUUCUGCUUUCAUGGAUGCCUGUUUAUUUUAAAACUGUAUUUAAUGUGAAUUUGAAGCAAGCAGCGUGGUUUAGUGCUGUUCCGUGGGGAACAAUGGCGGUUUCAGGUUACAUUGCAGGAGCAGUAUCCGAUUACUUGAUCAAGACAGGCUACUCUUUGACAUUUGUCCGAAAGCUCAUGCAGUCUAUUGGUUUUAUUGGACCUGGUGUAUCAUUGCUGUGCUUAAAUUAUGUGAAGACACCAGUGAGUGCUUCUAUGUGCAUCACAGCAGCUCUGAGCUUGAGUUCUUUUAGCCAAGCUGGAUUUCUUCUCAAUAUGCAAGAUAUAGCUCCUCAAUAUGCAGGUUUCCUCCAUGGAAUAUCAAAUUCAGCGGGUACAUUUGCAGCUAUAGUGAGCACAAUAGGAACAGGUUAUUUCGUUCAAUGGCUUGGGUCGUUUCAGGCGUUUCUGAGUGUCACAGCAGGCCUAUAUUUCAUUGCCGCAGUAUUUUGGAAUAUGUUUGCGACAGGAGAGCGAGUUUUGUAGAUUUGAUAGUUUUUAGAUGCCAAAUCAGAAUCAAGGUUGAAAAUGUUGAGACGUAUAGUAUUGUAUAGGUGACUUUUUGAGACAUUUUGUGGUACAGUUGGUUGAUUCUUUUGUGUGUAGUUUUUUGAAUUAAUUUAAUUGGAUUUUACUUGGCAUCUACAGUGAGAAUAAUGUAAAAGAAAAUAUGAAGAACUUGUAUAUACUGAUUUUAUGAAGAAAACCGCCUCAACUUGGCACGAAA